AAUUGCGGGGGAAAUGUUUGUCACCUUUUACUCGAUCCCGUCACUACUAUUUCAUUCCAUGUUCCGAUAGAAGUGCGUCGAGUCUAUCGUACCGAAACUUAGCAGUCAGUAUAAGACCUGUCUCUCAAAACAGGUGACUGAGCAGACGUCUUUGUUUUGCUAUGGGAGGGAUUUUUAACGGUGGCUCCAACCUGACCUAUAUUUCUGCCCUGCUUCAGUCAAUUCCUUCACAUGUUUGUCUACUAUUGGUAUAUUAUAUAUACUAAGGUAAUAGAGUUCACGUAGAGUAUAAUGUAUUAUAACGAAUGAUAUCGCUGCUGCCCGUUUGAAAUAAGCACCCUUUCUCUUUUGACUCGAUUGAAUGUGAGUCCAUAUCAAAUUGUGACAUUGGGACCCUAGAACAAAUGGCAUUGGACUGUGAAUAUAGCAAGGCAUUUUUUUAGGCUUGUAGAGUAGAACGAGUAAUUUAUCGGGAACAACGGAAGACUGCAGAUUGGCUAUUUUAGUAUCAUUGACGUGUGAAACAUUUGGAAAACGGCUGAACAUUGUUUUCUUUGUGCAAUAACUCAAUAAUAAUGUACUGUAACGUAUUUGUGACAUCAGCGCCUCGUCGGAACACGCUGCAACACAAUGUUUACAGGCAUUUCACACGAAGCGGUUUUAAAAUCUUACACGGCUAUUGAGUUGGCUUACUAAAAUACCCAUGUAGUAUAAUCCGUACAAGAAGGGCACAGUCGCUCAGGUCCUUAUUUUAAAGUUUUUUUAAAAAAAAAACAACUACUGGAUGCAGUCUGCUGCUUCCCUUCUCUGUGAAGUUGCUGCUAAUGUAAACGAAUGACCACCCGUCUGUCGUAUUUCGAACCAUACCGUAAUUCAGAUUUGAUUUUUAACAUCUGCUUGAUAGAGAUAUCGUACACGAGUAGUUCUGCUCCCGAAAUAGAAAUAGCAUCUGUGUGUUUGCAAGGUCAUUAAGUAGCACGCGUUAAGUGCCAAAUCGUGGUCUCAAUACGACAUUCGGCCAAACCUUUUUUUGUUUUGUUACAUUUCUCACACACUAUAUGUAACUGUGACUGUGAAAUGUGUUGUUCAAAGGUGUCAAUUUCAAAUGAUUAUUUCAGACAGUUUGUAUGCAAUACAAGUUCCUUUGAUUGUAAACAUUAUUGGACCUUUUUGGGGGUCACAAUCUAGGACUCAUUUGACCUUGGGAUGACUAAUUAGAAAAAAAUAUGACUCUUGAGCAGUUUUUAAUGAUAAACAUUCACACGUUUUUUUAGACUCUUCUUCUCCUUUCAGCUUGUUAGGCUUGCACCGUAUUUUACAGUUAUUUUGACAUUCACAUUGACUUAUUUUACCUUAACAACUGAGGACGUGUAACCUUUACAUGUUCUUGCCACUAGAGGGGAGUGCUGUGCCACGUAGCUUUUAAAACGUUUGUCCAGAAUGGCUGAGCUAUGUCAUUCCCUACAAAAGCGUUGAAGGAAAAAAAAAUCCAAUUCAACUCAGUUCGUCUGAAAAUUAUUUUUCACUAACAAAUACUUUUGCUUUACAUCUAUGAUAAAGGACACAUAUAUGAUGGGUAAGACAAAUCUUCCAUUACAUAGCAGAAAGAACUUAAACCUUUUUCCAUCUUUUCAUAAUCUUUUCGAAAUCUGAGGUUCUCACUCACUAAUCUAAUGUUUGACUCUUUUCAAUCCGACUCUAAAAUGACUUUGCUAUUGCGUUUAUUGUGAAGGAGUUUUUGUAACACGGCAAUACGUCAUUGGUGACGUCACGAUUCGGUCAGCCCCGCCCAUUCAGUCAAUGAGUGAGAAGGACAGGCAGCGCUGCUGGAUUCUGGAAGUUCCUGCAUGAAUCAAACCUCACAAGCUGAUCUGGGCUGGACUGAACUAACCUGCUCGACAGAACUUCACCAAAACACUGCUUUGCAUUGCCUCGACAACCUUCUUCAAUCUUCCGUCGCUUGAAAGGAGACUAAAAAUGAACGGAUGAAACGUGAUCUCUCUGACACCGAGUGGUUCUUCAGGGUAUUGCAAUCUCAACCCAUUUUCGCCCACCACCAUGUCCACUCAGGAACGUUCAACGUUGAACUCUGGGGGAUCAGCAAAAGAAUCCCUGCAACCUCCGGUGUGCCAACACAGAGAUCGCUCACCUUCACCCAUACGGGGCUUCAAUCUUCCUAGCCCCUUGCCUACUCGCAGGAACAGGACCUGCUCAGCAGCGGCUCGUGCAUCAGAGGGUCCGGUGUUUUCUGGCGUGUGCAAAUGUUUUUCCCGCUCCAAAGGUCAUGGCUUCAUCAUACCUGCCGAUGGGGGCAGCGAGAUCUUUGUCCACAUCUCAGACAUUGAGGGUGAGUACGUGCCGGUGGAAGGCGACGAGGUGAGCUACAAAGUCUGCGCCCUCCCCCCAAAAUGCGAGAAGGUCCAGGCGGUGGAGGUGACCAUCACCCACCUUAAGGCAGGAACCAAACACGAGACCUGGACUGGAAAUGUUGUCAACAGCUGAACGCUUGAAUUAACAAGUACUGGAUGAUGGGCUUAAAUAGCUAAAAGCACACAUUUAGUGAAAAAUACAAGGGAGCUACUUUCUCACUGAAAGGUCUUCUUUUGGCAAAUUGAUCUCUAUACUGUAAUUUCAAACAUUGAUUUUGACAGGUAUAACACAAAACUUGGGAUUUUUUUUAUGUCAUAUUUCUGACACUGUGGAGGUUUUACCUAGAUUUCACUUUGUUUUUUUUUUUUUUAAACCUGCUCAACACUGUGCCUCCUCCAUCUGCCAUCGGAACUUCAACUUGUUCUUGUGCCUAUGAUACAUUGCCUGUAUUUGAUCACAUAGUUGGACAUAUUGAAUGAAAUUAAAGAGUUGUUAGCAUCUAAA